CACCCCCGCAAUCCCAGAGCCACUGGCACUACCACUCACUGCAGCACUGGGCGAGAGACAAGGGUUGGAACCUGGACGGAGCUGGGGUGAGAAAACCUUUCCCAUACCCCCCCCGCACGUUGCAUUCAAGUACCGUACCUUCCCAAUGCCCUCCUCCCUGGCCAAGACAAAUCCUUCGGAACGAAGCCACCAGUGUGACUCCCAAGCAGAAUAUCAUAAUAUUAUCACAAUGUCAUCAUAUCUCGGUCCUCAUGGAGAAACCCGCUUGGAUAUCAUACCAUGCACUUGGGGACAAACCUUCCGGAUACCAUCAGCCGGGAAAUGUGCCAUGGAAAAAAGAAAAAAUACUCUAGAUUUUAGUGAUUUCCUUAAAAUUCUUGGCGCAACCUACCACCCAAAGUGCACCGUACUCUUACACUACUUUCGAGUGAUGGUAGACCACUCAUAGCAAUCUUUUCUGACUAACAGUUCACUUUCCAGUGAAUGGUGGUAUUGAAAAUGCUGACUAUUUUCAUGGCAUCAUGAGCCACUGCAAUGUGUUGGUUUCCCAAAAAGGUUAAAAUUCGUGGGUUUUUGGGUGCGCGGGUCUAAGCGAGUCAAGGGUCCGAGGACAUCACAAUCGCAUCAUCGCAUCUGGUGCCACUGCCGGCAUCGUACUUGUACUCGUACAGUACUUGCGCUCGAGAGAAGCUUAUGCUAACAUCAUUGCAUCCCCGCUGGGUCUUUUUAUCGAGGUGAGGACGACAAAGCUAAUAUUCCCAUCAACAGUACCUACAAAAAACCCCAACCCAACGAUACUCCCUAACAUCCGAGAGACGAAAAGGGGAAAUACCAUUUAUCCUGUCCUAGCCUAUCAGCAGCGGCAGACUUAUCGCAUUAUCAGGCUUCUGCCUUGAAAGACUCCCCGCGUUUGGGAAACUAUCCCCCGUAUUCCUCUUUUUAUCACUCUUUAUUCUCUCUGCACAAGCUAGCAAACACGACACUCACUUCAAUAUCGGCGUUCGAUCCCGACUCCACACAGGAAAAGCCAGGCGUCAACUACUCAACAUCACAAUGUCUGAUUUUGACGGUCGGGGUGGCCGUCUCGACCGCAACCAGUUGGUCGAUCUCUUUAGUGAACCAAUUUCCACAAAAGUUCCUAGUCAGCAGUUUAGCAGUUUUUCUGAGCACCCAGUCCGUCGGAGUUUUUUCCCGAAGACAAGCUCAAGGGAGCCUCUCCCUACAAACAAAUUUUACUCCAACCUUUUUCUCGGUAACCAAACCCAAGGCGUCUGGACCUUUCCAUAUAUGAUCUGGUGGAAUAAGACGGGUCAGAUACCCGGCCUAAGCGUCUCCCAUACGGAGCAACACCAAUUCGUGACAGGACCCGUUCCAAGUGCUGAUCCAUACCAAUAUUAUAUUUCUCCUCUUGGUAUCGCAUCUAUUACAUUCUCGGCUAAGGAAUUUGCCGAGAGACACUCGAACAUCUCUCUAACUAAUCCACAUAGUCGCUCCGUCAACCUCAAUCUGCAUGCGAAUACUAAUAAAUAUGGGCCAAUUGGACACAAAAUAACCUUUCCUCUAGUGCAAGGCAUGGGGUUUAUCACAGGGAGAUAUGACCAGCUGACUCCUAUUAUUUCUUCAUAUUCCGAAUUCGUCAAAAUAGAAGCCUUUUCAGGUCCUUACAACGGAACACAAAAGUGGAGGUUAGGCCUUUCCGAUGGAAGGAUGUGGCUUCUAUAUGUUUUUCCAGCAGUUGGGUCUGAGUCGCCAGAGUUCACCUAUAAUCCUGGAGAAGGGCUAGUAGGAUCCCAUGAGUUCACAGGAGUCAUACAGAUUGCAAAAGCCGAUGCCGAAGGACAAAAGGGUGGUCUUGAAGAAAUUACGGAUUCAGCGGCUGGCGUGUACCCUGCUACCGUUGAAAUGACUGGAGGUGUGGUUGGGGAUGUUGGGAGCUACAAAUUUGAGUAUAAAGGCUGGAGAGACGAGGAGUGCGAAGGUGCAUUGAUGUAUGCUUUGCCGCAUCAUAUUGCGAGUUUUGAUGACAAUACCUUAAGGGGAAGAACCGGCCUCAAGCUGCAAUCCCCAACGAAGGGUCUUAUGGAGGCUGUCCGCGGAAAUAGUUGGACAAUGGUUGAACGAAACCUACCCACGAGUGUUGCUUGGCUAGCCACUCGCGGUCAGAGGUUGAACAGACACACAACGGAACUGAUCGAACGAACAUUAGUCAGUGAGAUCAAGAGCAAUAUCAUAGGCGAAACGAAUCUGAAUAGCAUGUAUUUUAGCGGGAAGGCAGGUUGUUCUCGGCCUAAUAUUCCGCACGACGUUGUAAAAAAAGAAAAUCUGAUCCGGGAGGCGCUGGGGAAAUUGAUUACAGCCCUAGAUCCCUAUGUCAAUAACCGUCAAAAUCAGCCACUCGUAUAUGAUGAAACUUGGAAGGGGCUCAUUACCAGUGCAAUUAAGCAGGGUCAGAUGGCAGAUUUCGGAAACGGCAUGUAUAACGAUCACCACUUCCAUUACGGAUACUUUGUAUAUACCGCUGCGGUCAUUGUGCGGCUGGAGCAGAGUCUAAACAAAGGAAAAUCACCUUGGUUGGAACGUAACAGGGACUGGGUCGAUAUCCUCAUACGGGACGUGGCUAACCCGAGUACAUUGGACCCCUAUUUUCCGGAAUCUCGCUCAUUUGACUGGUUCCAUGGCCACUCCUGGGCCAAAGGCCUUUUUGAGUCUGCAGAUGGGAAAGACCAGGAAUCUUCAAGCGAAGACAUGAAUUAUGGAUAUUCCCAGAAGCUUUGGGGCAAAGUAACUGGUGAUAAAUCAAUGGAAGCCCGGGCCGAUUUGAUGUUGAGUGUCAUGAAGCGGAGUUUCAAUCAAUAUUUUCUACUGAAAAGUGGAUCUAGAAACCAUCCCCCAGGUUUUAUAAAUAAUAAAGUCACAGGGAUCCUGUUUGAAAACAAGGUGGACCACACAACCUAUUUCGGUCACGUCAACGAACGUAUCCAUGGAAUACAUAUGAUACCAAUCACUCCUAUAUCACCCUGGUAUCGCGACCCAGUUUUCUGUAGAGAAGAAUGGGAAACCUGGUUUUCAAACGGUAGGGUGAACAAAAGCGAAGGGGGGUGGAACGGUAUAUUGCAAGCGAAUAGGGCAAUUUUCGAUCCAAAGGGUAGCUGGGCAUUUUUUACCAACCCUGAUUUUGUCAAGGAAUACCUUGAUCCCGGAGCGAGUAAAAGUUGGUACUUGGCAUUUGUGGCGGGCUUGGGUGGUGAGGAUUAAUUAGGCGUUCAUAGUUAGGCAUUGGUGGACUUUGGUGUUAAUUUACGGGGGCGAUCGGGGGGCAAAAGAGUGGCAACCUGUUUGCAAGCCGUUACUAGUAGGCAUUUCUUGUGAGCUAGCAGCAUAUUAUCGACAUCGGCGAGUGAUCAAACGUGAA